UCACAAAGCAGCUGUUUCACGUCAAAACUUGUGGUCAAUUUUUGGGGAGUUUUUCCUCAAUGGGAAAUGCAUAUUUUCUUCCGAAAUUUGCAUAAAAAUGUGGUAUUUUAACAUUCGAACUGAUUUUUUAUGAAACAUUGAAGUCGAUUUUUUCACCUUGGUGUGUCUCGCGGGGUGAUUGCAUUAUUUUGAUUACCUGCAGCGAUAUGGACGUGUUCAACAAAAUCUGCAACUCGGUGGCGGGCACGGUGGCCGGGACGGUGAACCAGCUGAGCAACGCCCUGCCCGGCAACCCCGUGACCAGGGAGUACGAGGCGACCAAGCUGAUCGGAAGCGCCGGCCCAGGUCUGCUGUGGAAGAUCUACUCGGGACACAAGAAGUCGACCAAGCAGGAGGUGGCCGUGUUCGUGCUGGAAAAGAAGAGUCUCGAGCGGUACGUCCGCAAGUCGGACAGGGAGGCCGUCCUGGCCAGCUGCAGGCGCGGCGUCUCGCAGCUCACCAAACUCAGACACCCUCGGCUGCUGGUCGUGCAGCACGCCCUCGAGGAAUCCAGGGACAGUCUGGCGUUUGUUUCGGAGCCGGUUCGAGAGAGCCUGGGCAACCUGCUGAAGACCGAGGACGCGCUGUUCCCGGUCGAGGUCAAGUACGGGCUGAUCCAGCUGGCCGAGGCGCUGCAGUUCAUCAACAAGGAGGGCCGCCUGCUGCACCUGAACCUGUGCCCUGAGAACGUGGUGGUGAGCGCGUCCGGCGCGUGGAAGUUGGCCGGCUUCGACUUCAGCUCGGCGGCGCUGCCCGCGGCCGAGCAGCCCACCUGGAGCGUCGACGAGCCCGACUGGUCCCUCCCUGCCGAGGGCCGCCCUUUCUCGGACGUGACGGCGCCCGAGCUGAGCCUCAGCCUGUCCGCAGGCCCCGCUUGCGACAUGUUUGCCCUCGGCUGCCUCGCCUACGCCGUCUUCAACAAGGGCAGGCCGCUCCUCGCCAGGGACUCGGACGCCCAGGCUGCCUCCAGGAACCUCCACAAGUUAAAACAACUAAAUGCCGCACAGUUGGCCUGCGUUCCCGAAGGUCUGAGGGACUACGUCAAGUUGCUGCUCAACACAAAGCCUGAGCUGCGCCCUGACGCACACCAGUUCACUCAGAUUGAGUACUUUCAAGACGUGUCUGUCAAGACCCUGAACUACCUGGACUCGCUUUUCCAGUGGGACAACCUGCAGAAGUCGCAGUUCUACAAAGGCCUUCCGCAGAUUCUGCCGCAGCUGCCGCACCGCGUCUGCCUCCUGAGGGUGAUUCCGUGUCUGGCCAAGGAGUUUGUCAACCACACCAUGGUGCCGUUUGUGCUGCCGAACGUGCUGCAAAUUGCGGAAAAGUCGACCAAGGAGGAAUUCACCCAGUUCAUCUUGCCUUCGCUCCUUCCAGUUUUGAAAAUUGUCGAACCGGUCCAGGUGCUGCUGAUUUUGAUGCAGCGCAUGGAGCUGCUGCUGAAGUUGACCCCAGCAGAGUUUGUGAGGUCGGACGUGAUGCCCGUGAUGCACAGGGCGCUCGACGCCCUGGACCAGCAGGCGGCCCAAGAGCUCUGUUUGGCCGCCUUGCCCGGCGUAGCCGCCCUCAUAGACUACCCGGCCAUGAAAAACGCCCUCCUGCCCCGAAUCCUCAGGGUCUGCAUCACCACCCCUCACACUUCCGUGCGAGUCAAUUGCCUGGUGUGUCUGGGCAAGUUGUUGGAACACCUGGACAAGUGGCUCGUCUACGACCAGGUGCUGCCCUUCCUGCCAAAGAUCACCUCCAGAGAGCCUGCAGUCCUCAUGGGAAUUCUAGGAGUUUACAAACUGGCGAUGACGCUUCCUAAGCUGGGCAUCAGCAAAGAGGUGCUGGCGACGCAGGUGAUUCCGUUCCUCUUCCCCCUGACCGUGGAGAACUCGCUGACCCUGAAGCAGUUCGGCAUGCUGAUGGGUCUGCUGAAGGAGAUGACGGCGCGCGUCGAGUCCGAGCAGCGAGAAAAGCUCGAGCAGAUCAGCGGUCUGCAGAAGGAGCAGCAGCUGGCGUCGCCACUGGCGGCGCCUCCGGGCCAGCUGGUCAACGCGGCGCCACCCCAGUCAGAACUCGACUCGUUCUUCUCCUCCCUGGGCAUCAACACCGCCUCCGAAACCACCACCCCUGCUCCGAAACCCUCGAUCGCAACUUCCCCCUCCCCUGCAGCAGCCGCCCUCACCCUCGAGGACAAGCAGAGACUGGCCAGUCAGCAGGACAUCAGGGUCAAGCCGGUGUCCUUGGUGACCUCGCCUGUGGCCCCGAAGCAGCAAAGCUCUUUGAUGGACGGAUUCCUUGAGACUAAUCUCAAGCAAAUGUCAUUCACGCAGCCGACAAAAACGCCAAUGCAGAAAAUCACUCCCACGCAGCCGGUCUGGAAUGCAACAAGCCCGAUGUCAGCGCCCAUGAACAACUGGUCGUCUCCUCCGUCGAUGGCUCAGAGCAACGGCGCCUUUCGCCAGCCGGUGAUGUCGCCGACCUCCCUGACGCAGCCUCUCUUAGGCGGCCAAAAGCAGUCGGCCAAGCAGCUGACGGCGGCCGAGCUGCAGGACUUUCUCAGUUAAAUUCUUAAAUUCCAUUCCAUUAUUUCUGUGACCAGAGAGAAACAGACUUUAUGUCUAAAUACGUUAUUUAUUUUGCUAGAGCAAAACCUUUGAGUCUAAUUUAGUCUGUAAAUUAGUUCAAAUUUUAUUUUUUAUCAUUCACUGCGGAAGUUUACGGUUCUAUGUGCAAUUUCAAUAUCAAAUUAUUGUGAAAUAAUAAU